CGGGUCUUUUAAAGGUUGCACCAGGUGGUUCCAUGCGAGCGAGAUGCCGCGUCUGUACGUGGGCGGCUUAAGCCACUCGGUCACUCAAAAGGACCUGACGGAUCGCUUUGGAAAUUUUGGAAACGUGGAGGACGUGGAGCUCCGGACCCGCCGGGAUGAAGAGGGUGUUCCCUACAAAACCUUUGCUUACAUCAACCUCAACAUUUCUGACACGGACCUAAAAAAGUGCAUGAGCGUGUUAAACAAAUCCAAAUGGAAAGGAGGAACGCUGCAGAUAGAACUGGCCAAGGAGAGUUUUCUGCAAAAGCUAGCUCGGGAGAGGCAGGCGGAGCAGCAGCGCCUCCGUCACAAUGCAGACGACACCCACCGAAGGGAGCACAAGCUGCUGGAGACCCUCAGGGAAGCCGGCGUGGACAAUUUCACCAUGAAGGCGGCUGUGCCAGGCACGGAAGUACCAGGACACAAGGACUGGGUGGUCAGUAAAUUUGGUCGUGUGCUGCCGGUCAUGCAGCUGCUCUGUCAAAAAGGCGCCAAGGCUCGCACCAUCAAGUACGACCCGUCCAAACACUGCCACAACAUCCGUCGCUUGGCCCCGCCCACCUCCAUUGCCGACCCUCCCACCCCCGUGGCCCAGCUCACCUGGCGCAUUGACGCCGGAGACGACGACAUCAGCAAGAGAAGGCGAGGGGAGUUCCCACCGUACCAGCCGCCAAAGCCCAAGAAGGCUCGCACGGAUGCCACGAAAGCUGGGAACGACGCCAGAUCGGCGCAGGUUGUCAGCACCGCCGAGCCGGAGAAUCGUCACCUGUUGAACAGAGUCUCGCCAGCAGACAACCGACCUCCGGUCCAGAGGAGCAGACACGCACGUUCCGAGGACAGCGACUCGGACGAGGAGCUGCGCCGGCUGGUGGCGCUUGAGCAGACUCUCCAGGCGCCGGGGGAGGACCCGCAGGACAACCUGGAAGUGGUGGGACACGACUUCAAGUGCGGAGGAAGGCCAACGAACAACCAAGAUGAUGACGAUUACGACUCUGCUGACACGGACGAACUCAUCACUUUUAGAAAACAUCCUCUUUGCCCCCGGAAGAACACUCGUCAGGAAAGCUCCCUGGCCGAUCUCCACAAGGUGGCCGAGAAAUGCCAGCAAAGUUCCGACCGGCGAGCCCAGAAGAGACCAACCGGGAAAGCAAUCAUGCCCGAGGACGUCUUGGCCUCUCACCUGAGGGGCGGCAAGGACCCUCCAGAAUUCAAGAAGGUGGCAAAGACAGAAUUCAAGAAGGUGGCAAAGACAAAAUUUCCCGCCUUUCUAGGCACGGCCACUCUCUACGAGGAGGUGCUGGAGAAAACAGACUCUGCACAGAACAAGACGGACCGGCCGAAUGCGUCUUUGUUGUCAUCGUCAGAGGCGGCGGCAGCCAAGAGCAAAAUCAAAGACGACAAGAUGACAAAAGCGACGGCCAUCCUUCCUCAGGAAGACAAGGACAACGUCACCCGUCUGGAACUCUCUGUGGUCAAUCUCCAGAAGGUGGCUGAGGAAUGCAAGCAAAGCGCUGACCGGCGAGCCCCGAAGAAACCAACUGGGAAAGCAAUCAUGCCCGAGGACAUCCUGGCCUCUCUCCUGAGGGGCGGCGAGGACCCUCCAGAAUUCAAGAAGGUGGCAAAGACAAAGUAUCCCCCCUUUCGAGGCACAGCCACUCUCUACGAGGAGGUGCUGGAGAAAACGGACUCUGCGCAGAACAAGACGAACCAGCCCGAUGCGUCUUUGUUGUCAAACUCAGAGAAUGAGGCGGCGGCAGCCAAGAGCAAAAUCAAACAGGACAAGAGGACAAAAGCGACGGCCGUCCUUCCUGAGGAAGACAAGGACAACGUCACCCGUCUGGAACUCUCCCUGGUCGAUCUCCCGAAGGUGGCUGAGGAAUGCCAGCAAAGCUCCGACCGGCGAGCCCCGAAGAAACCAACUAAGAAAGCGAUCAUGCCCGAGGACGUCCUGGCCUCUCUCCUGAGGGACGGCGAGGACCCUCCAGAAUUCAAGAAGGUGGCAAAGACAAAGUAUCCCGCCUUUCGAGGCACGGCCACUCUCUACGAGGAGGUGCUGAAGAAAACGGACUCUGCGCAGAACACGACGGACCAGCCGGAUGCGUCUUUGUCGUCAUCCUCAGAGAGUAAGGCAGCAGCAGCCAAGAGCAAAAUCAAGAGGACAAAAGCGACGGCCGUCCUUAAUGAGGAAGACGAGGACAACGUCACCCGUCGGGAACUCUCCCUGGUCGAUGUCCAGAAGUUGGCCGAGGAAUGCCAGAAAAGCUUCGACCGGCGAGCCCGGAAGAAACCAACCGAGCAAGCAAUCCUGCCCAAGGAUGUCCUGAGGGGCAACACCGGCAAGGACCAAGCAGAAUCCAAUAAGAAGACAGGCAUGAAGGUGGCCGCGACAAAAUGUCCUGCCUUUCCAGGCCAGGCCACUCUCCACGAGGAGGCUCUGGAGAAAACCAACGCUGCGCAGAACAAGACGGACCAGCCGGAUGCGUCUUUGUCUUCAUCCUCAGCGAAUGAGGCGGCAGCGCGGCAUUCAAGACUAAGCGCUCGGGAGGAAAAGGAGCGACAGAAGAAAGACAACAGCAGGAGGCUGGCCGCCGUCCAGCAGAAGCUGAAGAAGGCUGAGCAGCACCAGAAGCUCAUCCAGGGGGCGCUCGCCAACCUGGAUGCCACCACGACAAGAGCGGGCAAACACAUUGUCUUCGAUUCCGAGGAUGAUGACGACGAGCACACAACGGAGGCCGCGAGCGAGACGUCGGCGCCGCGCGGUGACCCAUCGAAGGAGGCCGAGAGCAUGCCCACCAAGAAGCGGGUGCGCGCCAGGGCGUCGGCCCCUCGGCUUUUCGACAGCAGUGAGGAUGAGGAGGACGCCGAUGACGAGGAAGACGGCGGCAGGUUUCACAUUAGGCCUCAGUUUGAAGGACUAGCGGGAAAGAAGCUGAUGGAGCUGCAAUCACGCUUUGGCACAGACGAGCGUUUCCGCAUGGACUCUCGUUUCCUGGAAGAAAAAGAAGAAGAACAAGAAGAGGACAAAGAGGGCAACCGAUGCGUGUCGGGGGAGGAGGACCUUCUGCAGGAGGAGAAGAAGAGGAACAUAUCCAUCCUUCAGGGGCUUCUGGGACCUCACGCCCACAGCGCAAAACCCUCCUCCGCCAAGGCCAAAACCUUCAGAGACGUGUCGGCGCUGCACUACGACCCCAGCAGGGACGAACACGCCGCCUUUGAAAGCAAAGCAGACAGCAACCAGGACAGCAAGCCGGCGCGACGGAAGAAGCGCGAGGAGGCCGCCAAGCUUCCGGAGGUUUCCAAGGAGAUCUUCUACCAUGUGUCAGGUGACCUGCAGGCCAUGUUCGAACCCGCCACUGACCUUGAGACGGCCGACCGGUCCCAGACCUGCUGGGACCAAAAGGCGGAGGAGGGGGAGAAGCAUGAAGAGCAGCCCGCCCAAGAACAUUCCGGGUUCAUGUUCUCCUUCUUCGGCGACGACAUCCAGACAUCAAAUGACCACAAAGAGUACAAGGUGGAGCUCAUCCAGGGGGCAAAGGUGUCGCAGUGGCAACUGGACCCUCGCCUACAAGACAGCAGCGAGGAAGACGAAGAGGAGGAUGAAGAUCAAGCACACGAGGGGCAAAGCAAGGCGGCACCUAAAACCACAAUGGAGGAAUCUGUUUCAGCCACAAACAAUUUCUUCUUCUUCAGCCUUGAUGACAGCAGAUUGACAGAGGGUCCCGUGUGGUUCUGCCGCUCGUCUCAGCUGGAGGAGGAGCGAGAAGAGUGGGACGAGAGGCAGAUGGAGCUCAGACAGGAGUACCGCAAAAAACACAAAGAUGCCCGCAAGAAGCUCAAAUCCUCACAAAAAACGAGAGUGCUGAAAUCCUGAAUUUUCAAAAUGUAAGCAAUAUAACAGCUCAUUUUAGAGACUGUGACAUUAAAAUGCUAUAUAUGACAAGUCUAAA